ACCGUCGCUCAGUCCCCCAGACAAAGCAGGAUAAGCCCGAUAAGCUCUGCGCUUCUCCGCUGUCCGUCCUCCCUUCCCCCCGGCUCAACCCCCCUCUCUUCCCUUAUCGCCACCAUGCUCUCCCUCUCCCACCCACACCCCCACCCCCACCCCACCGCGGCCUCCACCGCCCCGCGCCACCGCCGCGCGCCCCGCUCUGCCGCCACUCCUGUGUCGCGCCGCCGUCGCGCCAGACACAUCGCCGCGACCUCCAUCAUUCUCCCUGGCAGCGGCGGCGGUGGGGGCGGGCCCAGCGACCGGAAGCUCCCUUUCACUCCGCCCCCGAUGGCGCCGCCGGGCCAGCUCUACCAGCCUUUCCACCCGCCGCCGUCGCCGCUGCCGGCCAAGUACCGCAACCUCGAUCUCGCCCAGCGGCUCGAGGUCCUCCGGGACCGCAUGGGCCAGUGGCACGAGUACGCGCCCCUCAUCUCCGCGCUCUCCCGGGACGGGUUCCCGCCGUCGUCCAUCGAGGAGGCCACCGGCAUCUCCGGCGUCGAGCAGAACCGUCUCGUCGUCGCGGCCCAGGUCCGCGAUUCUCUCCUCGACGAGACGGUGUUCCCGGCCGACCUCGUCCCCUACUUCGACUCCUACGGCACGCCCGAGCUGCUGUACGAGCUCCGCUUCCUCAACGCCCGCCAGCGCGCCGACGCCGCCAAGAACGCCAUCGACAACCGGCUCGACCCCAAGGGCGUGCGGGAGCUGGCGCGCUCGAUGAAGGACUUCCCGCACCGCCGCGGGGACGACGGGUGGGAGGCCUUCACGGGGGCGUCCCCGGCCGACUGCCUCGCAUUCUCGCGGUUCCGCCAGUCGCGGGAGGCCAUCGACGUCGAGGACCGAAUCGCGGAGCUCGAGCGCGCACUGCAGGUGGUCGCGACCGAGCCUGCCAGGGCGCGGGUGGAGCUCGAGAUGGAGCGGGCCAAGAAGAAGGCCGCCGGGGAGGCGGAGGAGGAGGCCGAGGACGACCCCAGGGCGCGCCCCGCCGUGCCGGUGGUGCGGCUCCAGUACGGCGAGGUCGCCGAGGCGUCCACCGUGCUGCUGCUGCCCGUGCUGCGGGAGACGGACGGCGUCGCAGCCAUGGACGCCGCGCCGAGGCGGAGCAAAACGGACGUGGACCUCGGCAUCGUGGAGGUGGACAAAGGGUGGGCACGGUGGGCCGUGGUGCCCGGCUGGGGCCCCGUGGCCGAGGCCGCGAACGAAGCGGUCGUGAUCGAGCUGGCCGACGGGCGGGCGCUGCCGUGGCGGAGCGCGGAAGAGGAGAAGGUGCUGGUCAUCGCCGACCGGAGGAAGAAAGAGGUGGUGGAGGAGGGGCUAUACGUCCUCGAGAAGGAAGGUCGGCUGGUGGUGCAGAGGGGGAGAAAUCUAGCGGAGCAAGGUGUCGGCUCGGCCGCGGCCGAGGUAGUGAUGGUCGUCCGGCCGCCCAAGGAAGUGGAUGACAUGAUCAGCGACGAUGAGUGGGACUGAUCUGGAGGGGUUUUCGAGAUGUCUAUUUUCCAUUUGGUAAAUCCCCCCACCCCCUCCCCUUCCCUCUUCUCUUCAUAGUUCAUGAAUAAGAGGAAUGCAUUGCCUCCUUGUUUUGGUACAUGUCAUAGGAACAUUGUGUAGUCCUUUAGCCUUGCAUUGCUGGCUAUUGUUACCCCUCAUUAUAUUUGCUAAAUAAGAUGAUCAGAUACACUUAUACAA